CAUUUAAAAGAUAUUGUCUUUAAAACAGUGUAAAAGUAAGUCUCCCAUGUUGUGUGAAAGGCAUAAAAGAAGAAGAAAGAAUUGUGAAGUGUGAACAGGUUUUUAUUUCAUUCUCAAAUCGCGAAGUAUCAUCCAUUAACAGGGCAUCUUGAAAUAGAUCCAGGUUGGCAACCAGUCAUUAAAAGUGGUGUCAUCCUCUUACGUGCAAAUACAAACAUUGGGGUAAUAUAUGUUCCAGCUGCAUUAACUGCACAAAGAACGGAUGUUUGUCCACGCUGUGACGCUCAGCACUAGUUAUUCGUCCAAUUGAUUUCACUCCUUUUCUUGCCACAAUGUUAUCUGGAGUCUGCACAUUCGUUAUACUUGUCUCAUCCACAUUCCACACGUGCCUUGAACUGUAGUUACCCUUCGACAAUUCAUCACGAUAAAUUUCGAAGAAUUGGUUGACCUGAGGACGAUUAAAUCCUACCGCUAGUGCCAUGCUAGUAGCCUCUAGCUUCCUGAUUGAGAGUGUAGGGUUUCUUUGGAAAACUCCUGCUAGCCAAUCUUUUCCUGCCAAUUUAGUAGUCUUGCAAAAUCGAUGGUUGAUCUUCAUUUCUUCGGCAAAAUCAAAAGCAAGUCGCCGUUCAAAAAUAGGUGUGAGGCCAAACAGAGCUUUUUCCAUUGCACGAAUAUGAGAAACCAGCAUAGCCUCAUGGUUUUCAUCGAAGUCUGGUCUGAAACGGCCUAGCUUUGCUGCCCCAGGAUUCUUGACUUUCCCGUCCCGAUGUCGUCUGAGAGUUUAGCAAGGGAUGCCAUAAUUUCUGGAAACAGUUUUUAGUGGUGUUCCAUCCCGAAUUGCUUGUAGAGAAUCCUGUAGAACUCUGGCCCCAUACGAAGCACGAUUUGUCUUCCUUUGGUAUACGCGUGGCAUCUCUAAAUCUGAAACACAAAAAUAUAGCCUAUUAGGUCUUUGGUUUAUUAAACUAAGCAGAGGAAAUAGACAACAAGCAUAUAAGUUAUUGUAGAAUAAUUUGUUGUAAAUAUCAUAGUAUAAUCAAACCAAUAAAGCAUUAAAUAAUAAACACCUAAUAAUGAGGGUUGAAAAGAGUUUUUUUUUUUAUCGCACGUGGGGUAAAAAGCCCCCCAGUGGGCCUCUUGACCCUCAACACCAGAUUGGUUGUAAACAAACAACAUAACAAAACAGCACUUUCUUCAAUUCAGAAUUGCAAUGCAAGGUAAUCUCAAGUUCCCAUACUCUCUAUUUAUACCCAUAAUGCUGACAUUGCAUGCAUAGGAUAUGCACAUUAUAUCACGAACACAUCACUAUACUUACAUGAAAAGUGGUGAAAAGAGAAAAACACGUUACUUCCCCCAUCGCUCGUCUGCUACUGACUCAUUAGUGUACGAGAAUGCCGCCAGAUGGUGUUGAUCCUCUGAUCAGCUGACUAGGAUAAAUACGUAGAUAAGAGGGGAGGAACGAACGGGAGGCCUUUUACCUCUCAGGGGUCUUUUACCCCACUCUACCCUAAUCUUUGUGCAAUAGACUUCGCCGCCGCACCAGCCCUGAUGCCAGUGCCGUCAUUUCAUCACCUUGCCUUCCUCACCAAGACACUAUUUAGGAAGCACGCUAAUGAAGUCUGCAGAAAAAGGAAUUUCGCCACCAGGAGCUACGACGGACGAUUGUAAUGCGCAGAGAGAGAGAGAGAGAGAGAGAGAGAGACCCACUGAGUGAGUGAGUGUGUAGGUGGGUAUUUGAAAACAAAAUGGUUAAUAUAAGCAAAAAAAAUAUCCAUGUAUACAGCAUCAACCAAGUAUGUCAUGUAUAAAAUAUUGCUUAGUUUUUAUUAUCAAAUUUUUUUUAACAUGAAGUCGACGAUGAUAAGUCAAAUCUUAUCAACUCAUUUUCCAAGAUAACUACUCGUUCUUCAGGCAUACCUCCUCGACCACAUCAAACCGUUCCCACCACCGCACUAUCGAUCAGCCUCCUCUGUGUCCAUUUGUACCACGAACCAAGUUUCAGGUUUCUCUUCUUUGGUACUUGGUCGUCUCAAAUACUGGAGAAAUGUGGCCCAGCUCGCCUCAAGCGCUGGUAGCGGCGCUGUUGUUAGCAAUAACUCCAGCAACUGCUGGGGAAGUGCCACUUGUUGAUACUGAAGAUGGACAGCUCUCAGGCAUCGUGGAGGAAUCGGUGAAGGGCCGAAUUUUUUUUUCUUUCUACGGCAUUCCUUACGCACGGCCACCCUUAGACAAGCUGCGGUUCACGUCCAUCAACGCCAACUGGAUCUAUAUGGGCAUGUGGCACGCUACCCGGAAGCCGAUCCUGCAUAUUGGGUUGUCUCUGAAAGGGAUAACCCAGCAUGGAGGAGGCCAAAGGGACGUCCACAGAAUUCAUGGCUGCGGCAAGUCGAUGCCUCCUGCUGGGAGUAUUUGGCAUGGGAAGGAAGCCUGCUUGGAGACUCGCCUGGAGUGGGGCCAUACGGACCCCAAACCUGCACCAAAGUGGGAGGGAACACGUGACGCCUCAGUGCCUGCGGCGCCCUGCUUGCAGUGCGACCUCAUCAACAAAUGUGUUGGAAAGGAGGGAUUGACAGGUAAAGAAGACUGUCUCUACCUCAGUGUCUUUACACCGAAGGUAAAGGGAGGAAGACUUCUACCAGUGAUGGUGUGGAUUCACGGAGGAGGGUUUUACUAUGGCAGUACUCAACAUUACCUUCCUCAUAUCCUUAUUGAUCAGGACGUGGUACUGGUGUUGGUACAGUACCGGCUUGGUGUUCUGGGUUUCCUAUCCACCGAGGACUCAGUAAUGCCUGGGAACCUUGGCCUCAAGGACCAGACGAUGGCGCUUGAGUGGGUACAGAGGAACAUACACGUCUUCGGCGGAGACAAGACGCGUGUCACCAUUUUUGAGAGCGCUGGCGGAGCCUCCGUUCACUUCCACAUAUUGACGCCGAAGAGUAAAGGUCUUUUCUCUCGCGCUAUCCUGCAAUCAGGAACUGCACUGUGCCCUUGGGCCAUGUACAGAACACCUCGGAAAAUGACCCUUGAAGUGGCCAACAUUCUUGGCUGCCCCACAGAUCAGGGAAGCGAGUCUCUUCUCCAGUGUCUGCAGGGAAAGGAGGCAGCUGACCUCGUUCCUCUCUAUCAAAAUGGACGCGAAUGGUAUAUCCUGCCAAAUGUCUUCACUCCUUGGGUGGACGGCGACUACCUACCGGAUCAUCCUGCCCAGCUGAUGCGUGACGGCCGCCACGCCGAGGUGGACAUCAUAGCUGGCGUCACAAGGGAUGAAGGAGCCUUUAUGGCAUUAGGUUCGUUGGCAGGGAAACAUUUACUAGAAGAACUACAACACAACUUCAGCGUGGCCGGGCCUGCGUCCCUUCAGCUUGUGGGAAGCAGCGAGGACCCAGUGGGCGUGGCGCGCCAGCUGUACCACCACUACUUGGGCACCACCCGCGUCACGGAGGCGCACGCUGAGGACUUCAUGAGGCUGUUAAACGACCGCCACUUUGCCAUGUGUCAUGACCUCUCUACUGCCCACUAUGCCAACAACCUGCAUCCAGCCAAGAAAACCUACCGGUACGAGCUGCAGUAUAAAGGAGAGUUUUCCUUUGGCGACCUCCUUUGUCCCUCCUGCCACCGAAACUGGGUGUGUCAUGCCGACGAACUCUACUACCUCUUCCCCGGCGGGCCCUUGUUGGGGUUGUCACGAAAGGACCUCCAGCGGCCUGACGACCUUGCCGUAAAAGAUAUCUUUACAACCACCUGGACCAACUUUGCAGCCAUCGGCAACCCAACCCCUGACGCCUCCCUAGGCUUCACGUGGGAGCCCAGCACAGCAGACAACCUGCACUACCUCGCCAUCACUCCUUCACCCUCCAUGCAGCCAGACAAUCGCAAGGAGAUACGCAAGUUUCACAACUCUCUUCCUAUCCAAGAAAAUUUUAUCCUUCAUCCCAACCUGGUGGAAGACAGACCUUAUGAGCCGAGGGAUGCUGCUUACUCUUCAAGGAUUGAACUAGCGGCACUGCUUACCGAGUUAAUUUCUCAGCAGUGUUACCAGAUGAGGUACCGGUGCAAACCCUUCAUUUUUGGAGAGAGCCAGUCUCUUAUCAGAAGGCGUCUGCCUGUACUGCCCUGUAGUAUUAUGUAUUCCACACUACUUGAGAGGUGGUUCAGUCUGGCAAUUAAGAGUCAUUCAGUAAACAACAGCUGGAAGAUGAAGUUUACCGUCGGAGUAAUGCCGAUGGUCUUUCUGGUAUUAUGGGUAAUCGACGAGACUGCCGCAGAAGCACCACUCGUUGAAGCUGAUGCUGGUCGCGUCUCAGGGAUUGUGGAGAAGUCAGUGAAGGGUAGAUACUUCCAUUCCUUCUACGGCAUUCCCUAUGUUCGGCCACCCGUAGGAAAGCUGCGGUUUAAGGAUCCUCAGCCCAUGCCGAGCUGGAAGAGCACGCUGAAAGCUUUCAUCCCCGCUGAACGUUGCGUCCAGGUUUCGAAUUUAGCAGAUAAGGGAGGAAAGAUUGUGUCGGGUAAAGAAGACUGCCUCUACCUCAAUGUAUUUACACACCAGGUGAACACAAGUACAACCUCGCCGGUAAUGGUUUGGCUCCACGGAGGCGGAUUAACUCAAGGCAGUGCCCAAGACUAUCUGCCACAUGUUCUCCUUGAUUACGACGUUGUUUUGGUGGUGGUGCAAUACCGGCUCGGUGUGUUGGGUUUUCUGUCUACUGAGGACUCGGUAAUGCCUGGAAACCUGGGUCUUAAGGACCAGACGAUGGCGCUUGAGUGGGUCCAGAGGAACAUCUACGCCUUCGGUGGAGACAACACGCGGGUUACUAUCUUCGGAGAGAGUGCCGGUGCGGCUACUGUUCAUUUUCAGAUGCUGACCCCAAAAGCCGAAGCACUGUGUCCCAGGUAUGUUAACAAUACUCCUCGAAAAAUAGCGCAUUGGGUUGCAAGUAGACUCGGCUGUCCUAUCGACCAGGGCAGCGAACACCUUCUUGCGUGUCUGCAGGGCCUGGACGUGAGUCUCCUCUCGCCGCUGCAUGAACAACUCAAAGUUCGUAUUCCAGGACAUGUCAAUCAUAACCUCAAAAUGGAUGCACUACCAUUUGAAUUAACUCCUUGGGUCGAUGGACACUAUUUGCCAGACCACCCAGCCCAGCUACUUCGUGAAGGGCGCCACGCCAAAUUGGACAUCAUAGCAGGCGUGAACAAGGACGAAGGAACAGUGUUCGCUCUGCCUGCGUUGGCAAAGAAACAUUUCUUGGAAGAACUACAGCACAACUUUAGCGUGGCCGGCCCUGCGUCCCUUCAGCUUGUGGGCAGGAGCGAGGACCCAGAGGGCGUGGCGCGCCAGCUGUACCACCACUACUUGGGCACCACCCGCGUCACGGAGGCGCACGCUGAGGACUUCAUGAAGAUGUUAAGCGACCGCCAUUAUACUGUGUGCCAUGACCUGACCACCGCCCACCACGCCCGCCAAGUCCAUCCCGCUAGGAAUACUUUCCGCUACGAGCUGCAGCAUUCCGCUCAGCUCUCCUUCGGCCAGCUGGCGUGUCCUGCAUGCAGCUUUCAGUGGGUGUGCCACUCGGACGAUCUGUACUAUCUCUUCCGCGGCGGCCCCAUGUUGACCCCACACCUUCCCUGGGAGCGACCAAGUGACCUGCAGCAACCUGACGACCUGGCCCUCAGAGACAUUAUCUUGACCCUCUGGACCAACUUUGCUGCCACCGGGAACCCAACCCCUGACGCCUCCCUGGGCUUCACAUGGGAGCCCAGCACAGCAGACAACCUGCACUACCUCUCCCUCACUCCCUCUCCCUCCAUGCAGCCGGAUAAUCGCAAAGAGGUACGCAGGUUCCACAACUCUCUUCCUACACAAGAAAACUUAAUCCUUCAUCCCCACUUGGUGAAAAAGCAAAUCUCAGGAUCAAGAGUCCAGUGCUCAAAGACUGAGUUUUGAAUAAAUGAAAAUUAUUUUC